AUGGAAUUCUUCUUGUUCUAUGGACUUGCCAUUGAUAAAAAGAUUAUCCAUUUGGAAGCUAACGUCUAUAGGGAAGAGAGGAAUAUUGUGGACCUGUAUAUCAUACUUCUUCGAUUUUCAAGUUUGGUAUCAGAAACUAUACCGCUCCAUCGAGAUUACCCUGCUCUGCAUCCAAGAGAGAAAACACGUUAUAAGAAGAAAUUGUUGAAUGUGUUGGAUGAAUUAGAAGCUUUGAAGCCAGAGUUUCAACAACGAGUGGAAGAACUGAACAAAGAUGAUGCUGGGUUACAAUUGGUUGGACUUGACAGCCAGGAAAGAAGAACUGGUUAUACAUCUGAUACAGCUUCAGUGGAUUGGUCCUCUGCUGCUGGAAGUUCUUUCUCAAGCAUGGAUAAGCGGCCUGCUGGCACAGCAUCUUCUUCUCUUUGGAGGUAUAGGAAUGACCAUUCUCAGAUUUUAUCAUCAAAUCCUGCCCAACUAGACAAGCAGUUCCAGAAGAUUUCUUUAAGUCUUCCUGCUCCGAGGCAGGAAACUUUGUCGAGACACUCAAUUUUAGGCCCCAACGGUCUUCGGAGCCAGUGGCGAGGACCUAGUGCGGAUAUAAAGGUUCACUAUCCAAGCAGUCUAGACUUUACUCCUAAAGAAGAGUCAUGCAAUAGCCUUGGUCAGCCCGAGGCCGUGGCUAUAAGAGAUGCUGGUCAAGGAGCUGCAAUAACAGCAAUGGAGUCUGUCCUUUCCUUGGAUGAUGGAAAGUGGUCACAUCCUGCUGAAGAAUCCUUACCUGCACUAAUCAAUGAGGUGCAGGAAGAUCCUUUCAAGCUUGUCAGCAUCAAGCAACCUUCUCCUCCUCCUGUUCUUGCACGGUUGCAGCAAGGAUCUGCUCCUAUUCCUCCAUCUCAAGUGGCAGACCCGAGACCUGGGCCUGCAAAACCUUUUCAGCAUACUCCAGAUUCCUACCAGCAUUUACAUGUUCCUGUGAAUAUGAUGGAAGAUUUCUUAAGGUUAGCUCGUGCAAACACAGCAAAAAACUUGGAAACUUGUGGGGUCCUUGCAGGUUCAUUGAAAAACAGGGUUUUCCACAUCACCACACUUAUUAUUCCAAAGCAAGAGUCAACCUCAGAUUCGUGUCAGACAUUAAAUGAAGAAGAAAUUUUUGAAAUUCAAGAUAGGCUAUCACUUUUCCCUCUCGGAUGGAUUCAUACCCACCCUUCACAGACCUGCUUCAUGUCAUCAGUCGAUCUGCACACACAUUAUUCUUAUCAGAUCAUGUUACCAGAAGCAGUUGCCAUCGUAAUGGCGCCAACAGAUACAUCCAGCCCCCAUGGAAUUUUCCAUCUCUCCGAUCCAAGUGGUGUGAAUGUGAUUCGUAAUUGUCAGGAACGCGGGUUUCACCCACAUGAGGAGGCCUCGGAUGGGAGCCCAAUUUACGAGCACUGUUCCCAUGUGUAUAUGAACUCCAAGUUGAAGUUCGAAAUUGUUGAUCUCCGGUAAUGCCAGAGAAUUUUCACCUUGUGUGGAGCGGUUGCAGAACACACUCUAUGCAGGAAAGAUUCGAGAACAAUUUCCCUUCCCUAAGUGAGUGUAAAUGUUAUAAUCUUGUAUUUUUAACAGUACAUAGAAGAAAAUGAAAUACAGGAACUACAUCGGCUUAAUUUUCAUUU